UUAGAGUUUCCCCUUUAAUUCCAGUUUUAAUGUCUCAACAACAACCAUUUUUACUAGAAAAUGACGAAAGAUUUUCAAAUUUGUCACCAAUUCAUGAUGAAAUUGAACGUGGAGCUGGAGAAGAUGAUUUUGUUAGUUUCUCAGUGGUUGAUUCAUCAGAACAGGGUCAUUGGUUUGAAGUUGUGAAGCAUGAUGCUAGGGAAAUUUAUCAAAUUGUUAAAGCUUUGGCAUUUCGAGAGUAUUGUACUUUAAUCGUUAAUAAUGAAGGUAUUAGAGUAGUAAUUGAUGAUCAACAUAAUCAACAAGCAAGUGCUUAUUUUAAAUAUGAACAAUUUUCUGAUUAUAAUAUUCGUGUAAAUGUUUGUAAUUUGCGAGUGCCUAUAGCUGUUUUUAUGGAAGCUUUAAAUAUGUUUACUGGAAAUACUUCUGUUCUCAGAAUGUGGUAUGACGGGGAAGGAAGCCCUUUAAUGGUUUGUCAGGAAGAUGAAGGUUUUUUUGAAAAUACAGUCGAGCCUCACUAUAAGGAACAUCUCUAUCGUCCUUUCAUUUUAACUAGCUUAUUAUUAGUCAUCUCCCCCACCGGUGGUAUUGUUGUACAAGCAGCAAUUAGAACAUUAAAUUUACAAAGUAUGCUUGAUUUUGAAUUUACAAAUACUUAUGUGAUGUGUAAAGCAAUACUUAGCCCAACUCCAGUUAAAGAAAUUCUUCGAGAUUUGGAUAAUUCUGCUGAAACUGUUAUGCUUAUAUUUACACAAAAUUAUAUUGCUUUUUAUACAGUUGGAGAAUUGGGGAAAAUUAAGAUUGAAUUGCCAGCAAAUGCCCCUCAUACAGAACAUUUAACUUGCAAAGAAGAAAGAGUUUGUUUUCAAUAUAGAUCUAUUCAAAUCAAACGUCUAGCAGAGAGUGUACGUCUUUCAAAUAAAGUUUCGCUUCGAAUAGAUCAAAGAGGAGUGCUUUGUGUUCAGUUACUUAUUCCACAAUCGGACCAAAUGGUGUUUGUUGAAUUUUAUUGUAUCGCUGAUGAUGAUAUUUACCAUCCAGACACAAGCUAA